CGGGGGGUGGGGCUUGCGGCUGACCGGCACGGCGACCCCCGCGGCGGGGCUGGGACCGGCACCGGCACCGGCACCGGGGGGGUGUCCACUGCCUGCAGGUGCCCCCAGCACCAUGAGGACCCUCCUGACGCUGUGGCUGGCUCUGACUGGAGCCGGUGCCUGGCUGCGAUGCCCCGACGGGCAGCCGUGCCCUGCCACCCCGGUCCUGCCCGCCAGCAGCGCGGCAGUGUGCCAGGAUGGCUUGCCGUGCCCUGCCAGAGCCAGCUGCCCACUGCCAGAGGGUGUCCCCUGCGCUGGUGGCCGCCGCUGUUGUCCCCAAGGGACCCAGUGUAGCACCGAUGGUGAAUUGUGCAUCACAUCCCCAGCCCCCCGUGCUGUCCCCUGUCCCGACGGACAGUCUGAGUGUCCUGAUGAUGCCACCUGCUGCAUGACGGCCGGUGGCACCUGGGGCUGCUGCCCAAUGCCUCAGGCCUCGUGCUGUGCCGACAAGGUGCACUGCUGUCCCCACGCCACCGUCUGCGACCUGGCCCACGGGCGCUGCCUGUCACCCACCGGUGAUGUCCCCAUGGGCACCGCGUUCCCCGCCUGGAAGCGCAAGCCCCCAGCAGCAGUCGCGCUGCGCCAGGUGCUGUGUCCUGAUGGUCGCUCGGCUUGUCCCGACGGUGCUACCUGCUGCCAGAUGCCCUCGGCGCAGUACGGCUGCUGUCCCCUGCAAAACGCGGUGUGCUGCAGCGACGGGCAGCACUGCUGCCCGCAGGGCACUGCCUGCGACCUGGAGCGCUCCACCUGCACGUCAUCAGGGGACUGGGCACAGCCCCUGGCAUCCCUGCCCAAAGCUCAUGAUGUGAAGUGUGACGAGCGGACCAGCUGCCCCGAGGGAAACACGUGCUGCCGGCUCAGCUCAGGGGCCUGGGGGUGCUGCCCGAUGGAGGAGGCCGUCUGCUGCCCCGACCACGUGCACUGCUGCCCCCAGGGCUACACCUGCGACCCCGAGUCCAGCAGCUGCCUGCAGGAGGGGGGGGGCCGCCGGCCCUGGCUGCAGAAGACCCCGGCGCUGGCCCGGGCCGGGGACGUGCGGUGCGAUGACAAGACCAGCUGCCCCGAUGGAAGCACGUGCUGCCAGCUGAGCUCGGGGAGCUGGGCGUGCUGCCCGCUGGAGCAGGCCGUCUGCUGCCCCGACCACGUGCACUGCUGCCCCCAGGGCUACACCUGCGACCCCGAGUCCAGCAGCUGCCUGCAGGAGGGGGGGGGCCGCCGGCCCUGGCUGCAGAAGACCCCGGCGCUGGCCCGGGCGGGGGACGUGCGGUGCGAUGACAAGACCAGCUGCCCCGAUGGAAGCACGUGCUGCCAGCUGAGCUCGGGGAGCUGGGCGUGCUGCCCGCUGGAGCGGGCCGUCUGCUGCCCCGACCACGUGCACUGCUGCCCCCAGGGCUACACCUGCGACCCCGAGUCCAGCAGCUGCCUGCAGGAGGGGGGGGGCCGCCGGCCCUGGCUGCAGAAGACCCCGGCGCUGGCCCGGGCGGGGGACGUGCGGUGCGAUGACAAGACCAGCUGCCCCGAUGGAAGCACGUGCUGCCAGCUGAGCUCGGGGAGCUGGGCGUGCUGCCCGCUGGAGCGGGCCGUCUGCUGCCCCGACCACGUGCACUGCUGCCCCCAGGGCUACACCUGCGACCCCGAGUCCAGCAGCUGCCUGCAGGAGGGGGGGGGCCGCCGGCCCUGGCUGCAGAAGACCCCGGCGCUGGCCCGGGCGGGGGACGUGCGGUGCGAUGACAAGACCAGCUGCCCCGAUGGAAGCACGUGCUGCCAGCUGAGCUCGGGGAGCUGGGCGUGCUGCCCGCUGGAGCAGGCCGUCUGCUGCAGAGACCACCAGCACUGCUGCCCCCGGGGCUACACCUGCAACGUGGCCACCCAGAGCUGUGAGAAGCUGCUGGCCCCCACCCCGCUGCUGCCAGCACCCCUGCCCCCCCGCCAGCCACCCACCGCCCCACCCGCCCUGCUGCGAGCCGCCGGCACCGAGCUGGGUGCCGCCGUGCCCUGCGAUGCCGCCCGCUCCUGCCGCGGCGGGCAGCAGUGCUGCCGGAGCCGGGGGGGCUCCUGGGGGUGCUGCCCCUAUGCUCAGGGCUCCUGCUGCUCCGACGGCCGACACUGCUGCCCCAGGGGGUCCCGCUGCACCCGGGGGGGCCAGGGGUGCAGCCCCCAGCGCUGGGACCUGCCUGCGCCCCGCAGGGUGCUGCUCUGAUGGCCUUGGGGACCCCCCUGGGUGCCCCCCACCCCAAUAAACGGUUUCUAGGACAA